AUGCUGCGCGAGCCGCCGGGCUUCACGCGAAGUCCUCUUGUGGAGGAUCCACGAGUCCGCUUCUUUGUGAUCACCAGCAAUCUGGGUGAGAACGUCGUCAAGUCGGUGGAGCACAAUGUUUGGGCCACCCAAAGAAAGAAUGAAGACGCCCUCACCGAUGCUUUUCAUCACAGCAAGGCCGUGAUCCUCAUCUUUUCCGUGAACAAGAGUGGUGCUUUCCAGGGCUACGCGCGCAUGCGUGGUCUACCAGGGAGGUCCAAGUGUCGGUCGAAUCCCUUCGGGGGCUACGGCCGGAUGUUUGAUGUGGAGUGGUUGCGAUUGCAGGAUGUUGUCAUGCCGGAGGUUUCCUAUCUCAAGAACUCCUUGGAUGGCGGCAGAGAGGUUGGCUAUGCUCGCGAUGGGCAAGAGCUCCCGGCGUCCGUUGGUGCCGAGCUUUGCCGACAUUUUGACGUCCGUGUCUACUUGGAAGAUCCAAAGACCUAUGAGCCUUGCGUUGAUGACCCACAGCCUGUGCUGCCACCACCGGUACGAGGUGCUGACUCCACACCGCGGCCUGGACCGCCCCCGGCGACACCGCCACCGCACCAGCCAGCCCACGAGCUGCCGUACCACUGGCCGGCCCCUAGCUACAGCUACCCUGGUCACGUGCCGCCAGCUGGCCAUCCGCCCCCUCCCCAAGGCUACCCCCCGCCUACCUCGCCCUUCUCUGUGGCGCCUUCCGGGUUGCCACCUCCUUGGGCGGUGCCGCCAGGUGCAUGGCUCGGCCACAGCGGCCGGCACGGCCGACGGAGGAGGCGGCACCGUCGGAGAUCAAGCAGCUAUUCUCAGUCUCCAGAGAGGAGCUCCAAGCGCCGCCGUGGCUCUGACGCCAAGGAGGAGGCGCUGCCUGACUUCACCAAGAUGACUCACGAGGAGUAUGUCGAAUGGUGGAAGAAGACGCAUCCAACCGCGCCUGCUAAUGCCACUGCGGCCUCUCCACCAGCAGAGGGUGUUGUCGAACCUUCCCCUCCUGCUCCACAAGCAUCGGCACCGGUGCCCGUGAGUCCUUUCCAAGCUGCAGCCGCGCCCGCAUCACAGGACCCUGCGCUGGCAGAACCUGUCCAGGCGGUGGCCGAGGUGGUCCAAGAGCCGGCGACAUGCUUCGAGAGGAGCGAUCCUCCCGUGGCCGCUGCCCCAGCAGCACCCGCUGAGCCGGCAAAGCCGCAGAAAGAGAAGAAGAAAAAGAAGAAGGAGGCCGAGGCUGUGGCGAAGGCUGCAGCAGCUCCACCUACCGCGGCCAACGGUGCCACGCCGGUGGAACCCAAGCCUGUGAAGGAGAAGAAAGCAAAAAAGGACAAGAAAGAGAAGAAGCAGAAGAAGAACAAGGAGAAGACCAUCGUCCUAAAUGGGGAUGCAGAGAUCUCCGGCAAGGAUGUGGUCGCUCCGGGUCAGGUGUCGCCUCCUUCUGCAGGCGCCUCGGAGGCUGCCGCGGUCGCGGAGAUGCCGAAGCCCAUCCAGGCGAACGGCAAGGAAAUCAGCGCGGCGGUUGCUGCGGUUCCGCAAUCGGGGAACUCAAGCGUCGCUGCUGCCGCACGGAAAUCCGACUCGCCAAGUCCAAAGGGCAAGGAUGUGGCUCCUUCUGUCCAGUCGCCUUCUAUGCCGACCUCCGGUGAUGCUGCAGCUCCGGCAGCAUCCAAGUCAAUUUUGCGGAAAAGCCAGGCUUCCAGCAUUCCCAGUGCCUCGGAGUCCGCAGCACCCAUGGUUGUUGCUCCGGCGCCCGCGUCGGCACCUCCGCAGCCGAAGUCCAUCUUACGGCGACCUCAGGCGACGGAGGUUGCGGCUGCCGUGCAGAAGUCCCAGGAGGCGCGUUGCCGGUUCCUGCUUACAGAGGCCUUGAACUUCGUACUCACGCCUGUAUUUUUUGCAGCGAGGCAAGAUGGUGAUACAGAUUCAUCGGGCGAACAUACGAAGUUUUCGGCCUCUAUAAGUAGGCAAGAUGGAAUGAGCUUCAGGCCAACGGAAACCAGAGCGGUUCCACAUGUCGGACCGCAAGCAGAGCAACAUACGCAAAGGGCUUUGUAA